GAUUGAUAUUUUGAAUGCGUUACACAUAGGCAAACUAAAAAUAGCUCCUUUGAAAUAAACCAAUAGAAAAGAGGCUGUGUACAUAGUUAUUAGCGGUAAUUAUGAGGAUUUUAACUUGAACAAGUUGCAAGGCAUUCGUCUUGCUACUUUAUUUCGUAAGUUUUUUUCAAAAGUAGCGGGAUAUUUCCAGGAACAAAUGCUCAAAUGCACUAUUUAAGAUCUUGUAAAUAGUUCAAUUGCUUGUAAUAUAAUUUGAAGAAUGAGUGACGCUACAUUUUCCUCAGAAUUUCUCCCAAAUUUUCAUUAGAACUUCUUCAAAGUUUGGAAAGUGGAACCAAUAUAAGGUUACUGUAUCGACAAGUGAUAAUUGGUAUUAUUUUGCAAUCAUAUAUGAUUUGUAAUUACAUAUAAUUACAAAACAAUUAUAAUAUAACUAAAAUAUGCACAUAAGUAAGAGUCCAUAAGGUGUCCUCAGGUUUUUUGGCAUUUGUAAAAGGCUUCGUGGCAUACAUAUGUUCUAAAAUUUCUAUAGGAUUUGGGGAAACCUUAUGAGCUUCGAGGAACUUGUUUACAUUUUAAAGGAAGACUACAGAUGAAUGGUCUUUGCCAUAUCAAACCUUCUAGACUUCUUGAAAUAGCUCCCGUGUGAUUAGAUGUAACAGACUGCAUUGAUUACCGAAAACAUCUACAAAAUACUUGCUAGUCGUAUUAGUGUUUUCGUACUUCCUUAUUACUAACAUUCUUUACGUUACUUAAGAUGAUUAUAAAUGAUGUCAUAAUAUCCACAAAUCAAAUGGGAGCUAACAAGCGAAUUACUCUAGUAAUAGCGCUCGGUUUUAGAUCUUUACGGUUUUCAAUUAUGCUUAUACAUAGCUGCAUAUCCAUUCAUCACCAUUUACCACUUGAAUGUUUUUGUUUUUCACCUGAAUUUAAAGUUUAAUAAAUCUUAUGUUAAGAAAUUUAACAGCUGCAACCAACUAUUCAAUUUUUACUGAGCGUCUUGCACCAGCGAAUAAUGAGCGAAACACAAUUCCUGAAUUCCGCUACUGAAACAGAUUCUAACUUCAAAUCUCCCCAUUUAAGCACCAGUUGCUCCCAUUUACCCGUCAAAUUCACUUUCUAUGAACCGGACCCAGAAGACUCAGAUGAUUCCCAUCGCCUAGCUCAAGUAUCUAUAUCGAAUGAUUUGGUUGAUACGACAGCUAUUGGCGACCGGUUCGACGAUAAUGAAGGCAAACGCUCGGUUAUGUCAAGUGUCCUUGGACCUCAUGUUCUCAAAAACACUCUAAGCAAUUCAUUCGCGUCCAUACCCAAUCACAUAAGAUCUGGAGAAUAUAAAAACAAGCAAUAUAAUACUAAUAAACAAUCUUGUCAAAAUAAUGCAAUAAAUUCUCUACUUACAUCCAAAACAAGUUUGUCAUCAUCAUCGAUAAUUGGCUCGCAUAAAUUACAUCAAAGUAGUCAAAAUAUUCCAUUGAUUGGUCUGCGCUCCAAUUCCAACUUGACUAUAUCAUCAUUAUCAACAGUUCAAAGCCGUCAUAUCGUCGAAUCCAGUUCUACAAGUGCAUUAUCCAAUCAAAAUGUCUCAAAGCCAAGUCGAUCUCGACCUAGACGUUUUGCAAAUCUUUACAGCACCAUGCCAGUAAAUCACUCUUCAUUACGUUCGACAUCAUCAAAAGGUUCCAGUCCAUUUAAACGACGUCAUCCUCGAAGUUUAAUACAUGUCCCAUUGAAUGGAGAUCUAAAUUGGACAGAGGACAUGUUUUGGACAUUGAACAACUGUAGCAAUAACAAUAAUAGUACAAUGACGACAAAACCCACGGCUAUUCCUACUACUCCUAAUAAAAGUGUCUACUCACCAUCGUCACCGCAUAAAAUAAAUUCAUCUUUCCGUCGUAGACAUCCAUAUUACCAGUCAUUAACUCCAUCCUACCGAACGAAAUUGGAACAGUUUCGACGUAUUUUUCGUGAUACUCCUGUUGAUACUGAACGACUACUUGUAGAUUAUUCAUGUGCUUUAUCUAAGAAUAAUAAUGGUCUAUUACUGCAAGGUCGAAUGUACAUUACUGAAACAUGGGUGUGCUUUUACUCAAAAAUUCUAUACGAACAGAAAAUAUUUUUGGCCGUCAAUGAGAUCGUUGCAAUUACCAAAGAGAAAACCGCUCGUGUUAUACCAAAUGCAAUCCAAAUUUUAUAUUCUAAAAAUCAUGAACGAUUUUUCUUCACAUCAUUCGCUUCCAGAGAACGAUCUUAUGCAAUAUUACGCAAAGUUUGGGAAAAUUGUCGUAAUCAUCAGACAAUGAGUAUUGAUGAAAUAUUACAACAAAUACGUGAUAUGUAUGGUGAUUAUAGUUUAGCUAUGGUUGAAGAUGAAGAAGAUACAGAUGGUGAUGCUGAAUUAGUGCCAGCUACUUUUCCUCAUAUGCCGCGAACUUUAUCCGAUUCAUCUCUGUCUUCACAACUCACUGGUCGAUCGAAGUCGGCUUCACUUGAAGAUGUGUGCCAUUCGGAUCAACCAGUUAAUCUCGAUCGCUCUUCUAAAUGUUCCGUACUAGGAACUACGGAUGAUGAAUUAAAAGUUGUAUCCGAUGCUGAUAUUCCUUUUAAACAUGUUCCAUCCUUUUCAGAUCCGAGUCACUUCAGUGCAAUUGGAGAUGAACCACAGUCUCAACAACUAAACACUAUCAAACGUUGUCCGACCCCUGAAGUUAAAUGUCAUUUAACAUCAGGAACUACACCAAAUGAAGUUAUGUCAGAUAGUUUUCAAGUGCCUCAUAAAUCUGUAAAAGAGAAAAAGAAACGUACACGAAAAAAGCGUCUCGGAUCUCACCAUCAUGAUGAAGUAUCUAGUUCAAAACUAAUGCAACUUAAUUACUUGAAUACUCAGGAUCCGUCACUUCCAGAUACAUCUGUAGUAAGUUCUGUGGAACCUCCUGUUACAUGUGGUCCAGGUCACGAUCAUCCAGGUAGAGUGUAUACAAACACUGACAUUCCAUUGAAUGUUAACGCCUUAUUUCAAUGUAUUUUCACGGAUUCCGAAUUCUUCUCGCGAUUCAGUGAACAUCGUGGUACAUUUGGAAUGAUUCAAUCUCCAUGGCCAAUAUUCAAGUGGUCUAGUCCCUCAGAAUAUUUAAAUCAGUUAGAAACUCCUAGUAAAAUUGAAAGAACUAUUACCUAUACACUGACAUUAAAACAGAAACUCGGCCCAAGAACAUGCACGGCAGUAGAACAACAGACUCUUCUCUCAAGUGAAUCCAUAUCUGGGAAAAGAUAUAUCAUUGAUGCUAAAGUUACAAAUCAUGCUGUACCACUAAGUAAUUGUUUCUAUGUAGUUAGUCGUUAUUGCUUAUUGUAUGUAAAUCGUACAACUAGCCGACUACAUGUUAGUUCACAAGUUAUUUAUGAGAAACCAGUGUUUUUUGGAGCAAAAAGUAUCAUAGAAAACACUUGUCAUUCUGGUCUUUCGGAUUUCUUUGAUACAAUAACUAUUAAAUUAAAAGAAUUCUCUACAAAUUUAUCCUUAGAAGAACGUCUAACCGGUGGUUGGUUAGCACAACAGAGAGGAUGUUUAAAUAAUAUUACUCCUUCUUUAAAUCCAUCAAAUAUUCAAAAUAAUCCACUAUUAAUUCAAAGUGUUAAUGGCAAUCAGAAUAAUCGUAAACUUAAUAAAGCUGAUGCAUUGUUUACAGGGAAUGUAAACAGUAGUAAAGUUCCUGCAUCACGAUAUUCUGACCAAGCGAAAUCAUCUAUAUUCAACAGCUGUAUAAAUGAUAAUACAAAUGUUAAAAAACAAAAUAAAACUACACUAUUUGGGUCUGGUGAUAUGACUUACUUAUUUAUGCGUCCAGAUCGUGCUUGGUUAUUACUAGUUAUUAUAGGUUUAUUACUUUGCUUAUUCUUAUCAAUGGUAUAUAAUCGGCUAGUAGUUUUAGAAAAACUAGCGGAACAAUUCCCUCCUUUAUCAGCUCAUGAUCGGAAUCAUUUUCAUGAUCUGUUUGGAACAUCACCACAAGAAGAUCGAGGAUCUAUACCAAUAUACAAGGAUCAUUUAGCUUCAAAAUCACCUGAAUGGGCAAGAACACGAUUAAAAGUGAUGAAAGAUCUCAUACACCUGUUAUCUAAAACACUUAUACAGAUGCAACAGACAUUAACUCAAGUACAACAGGGUAUAGAACUUCUAGAAUUCCCACCAUCUAACUUAGAGGAUAAUAUAAAAACAAGUAUGAAUGUGAAGACUCCGACAAAUACAGAUACGAAUUGUCCAGAUACUCAAACUAAACAUGUACCUUAAUGAUUAUCAUCACCAGGCAAUUUUGAAUGUAUCUUUUAUUUUUCUUACUUACAAGCUAACUAACUAGUCAGUACUAUAUUUAUUAAUUGCUGAAUGUAAGAUAAUCAGUCAAUACUUCAGUUGAUUUAUCAUACAAUUACCAGAAAAUUUUGAUGUGUUUUUAACUUUUUGGAACUGUGAUAAUUUACGUUGUUUACAUGUUAAUAAUAGUUAACCUACUGUAUUGUUUUCUAUUAUCUCGCUAUUGGUCCUUUUCAUUCCAGUGAGCGAAUUCUUUUCUAUGUAAGGGUAUAUUAUAUUCUUUAUCAGAAAAUGGACAAACAACUAAUAUUACUUAACAUUUAUUAUUAAAAUCCACAUUUUGUUCAAUUUGCCCUUCACUUUUCCUAGAUUUAUUAUCAAUUCCCAGUACAUUGGGUUUCUUCUUUCUUUAUACACUCAUGAUAAUUAUGUUGAUCUUUUCAUCUCAACAAAAAAAAUACUAUUUUUAAGUUGAUU